UAACUAAUUUCAAACCAAAAUGGCGCCCAUCUCAUAGCCAAAUUAUAGGUUGUUGUUUGUAUUUAUUUGUAAAACUUACGCAGGAAUCAGGUGAUUCAUCCCAGGUUUACAUUAGCGUCUUGUAAAAUGUAUCACCAUCCUAGCCGGGCAGCCAAGACAGGACGGGUUGUCGCAAGAGAUGGUGCUAAUAUCGGGUUACAUUAUAGCUUGCAAGCUCAGGCAACUCCUGUUGUUGAAAGACCGUCAUCUAAACAGUCCAUAGAUUGGAAGCAUGGCCGAGACUCUGCCUCUCCUUCAAGGCCCACCUCAGCGACACAGAUGAACAGCAAAUAUAGAAGCAAACCAGGCUCUCCAUUAUCCGAUGACAAGUUAGCUCCUGAUAGAGCACCAUCUGUCUUGCAAUACUCUCGCUCCACCACCGACACAUCUAUGGGGUCUCGGCAGCAGAACUACGCCACCCCCUCCUUCCAUGAGCUGCACAAGGUGCAAAAACAAGUUCUACAGCCAUCAUCAGUUUACAAUUCAGACAACCAGCCCACAGCAAACCAGAACAGCAGGGAGGGUACAGACACGGAGGAUGACAGGGCGGGGCAGCAGAUGCGCCCAUCACUCAGUGCUGGGUCACAGGCAAGGCCCACUAAGAACCAAGUGUUUCUUCCAGGUGAUCGGGUGAUUUUCGCCGAAUCGCCUUCGGCACCGGGCAUUCCGAUCGUGUAUCGACUACCCGAAGAAAGACAGGCCAACCCUGAUCGGCUAAAUUUGGAUAGGCGGCGAUUGACCGUGUGCCCCAUCUUGGAAGGCGAAGACAACUUGCGCCUGCUCAAUUUCCAGCACAACUUAAUUCGUAAUAUCCAGCACCUUGCCAACUUGCGCCGACUUAUUUUCCUGGACAUUUAUGACAACCAAAUAGAGGAGAUAUCUGGACUAUCGAGCCUAAAGUCAUUACGAGUACUUAUGCUUGGAAAAAAUAGAAUACGAAAAAUUAAUAACUUGGAAGCUCUGACAAAACUAGACGUCUUGGACUUACACGGGAAUAGGAUAAGCAAGAUCGAGAAUCUAAGCCACUUGACGGAGCUCCGCGUGCUUAAUCUCGCAGGAAACGAGAUCCUUAAAGUAUGUAACAUCAGUGGGAUGCGCUCUCUGGCAGAACUCAACCUGAGACGGAACAAGAUUUGUACAGUGGAGGAAGUGGAUCGUCUUAGUAAUUUACAGCGACUUUUCCUGAGCUUCAAUUGCAUUUCGAGGUUUGAAGACAUAAACUGCCUCACGCGUUCAACGUCAAUCACCGAGCUGUCCCUUGACGGCAACCCUUUCGCUAGUGACGUCACGUACAAGCAGACAGUUCUGAAGAGCGUUACAUGCUUACGACAGCUUGACAUGAAGAGAAUUACAGAGGAGGAACGGCGCAUUGCCAUGGUGAUGGCUCGGAAGGAGGAAGAGAAGAAAAAAGAAGUGAACAAGCUAGCGGUUUUGAAGAGCUAUAUCUUCCUCCCUCACCAUCUGACCAAAGGCGAAAUCAAGGAAAAGAGACGCAUCGCUAUCAACAACGCACAGAGGCAAUGGGAGCUCACGCAAGCCAAGACGUCCAACAGUAAUCUCGGUUCUCAUCAAAUACGCUCUCCUGUCAGGUCUAAUGGCUCACCCCUGAAUGACGCCCCCGUCUCGCAGGCGUCUAGCAGCUCCGGCGUCUCGUCCAUCACAACAGACGCCAACGACAAUAACACAUCUCCCGAAACCUCCCCCCUUAGUAUCUGCCACCUCGCGGAGCUAGACGGGGAGACGCUGUAUCUUUACGGCCCAGGCUCCUUGGACGCGCUCGACCGGAACUGGGGCGCACAGGCCGUGAACUCGGUAUCCGUCAUCUCAUUCAAGUUCAUCGAGUACGAUGCCAUCGUUCCGCACUUCCAUAAGAUUGGCACACGCUUCCCUUCACUCGUGGGUUUAAUCUUCACCGAAACAAGCAUCAAUAAUCUACAGCAAAUCAACGCCCUUGCUAUGCUCAGGAGACUGGAAACGCUCGUCAUCCACACAGACAGGAAUCCCGUCACUGAAUUUACGCUUUGGAGACCCUACGUGCUGUUUAGACUCGCGCAUCUGUCACUCACGAAGAUCAAUGACAUCGAGGUGACAGCGGCCGACAAAGUUAAUGCCGAGAAGCUGUUUGGAAACCUUGCACAUCUAACUACCUCGCAACUCCCGCAGUCUCGUCUUCUCACGUUACUCGGGGAUUCAAAGAGAAGAGGUGUUGACGAUAAGGCAAAGAAGACGGAGGGCAAACACGAAAGGACCUCAUCAAAUGAGUCUGUCGGGAGAAUCGGCCUUCAGUACUGGCCAGUCGGUCUCAACCAGAAGCAGGCAGAGGAAACUGAGUCGAGGAAAACAUUCGCAGAAAAUUACAUCAAAGAGAUUACCCAGAAUUCCAUACUGGUUGACCGGAAGCAGAAGCGACUUGACACCAUAUUACCCAACCUAUUUAGCGAACUUAUCCAAAAAGCCGUCAUAGACUUGAACGAUAGAGAUAAAUGUAUGGAAAGAGCUUUUGACAGUAUACGACAAAGAAAAUAACGGCUAACCACGUGACGCAUCUUAUUAUGCUAAUUAGCGUUCUCCCGCGGCCGCAGCGAGAGCUGGGUAAAAUACUCCCAAUAAGGAAUACGCCGCUAAGCCUGGAACUCAUUCGAAUUUGUCUAAUGUCAGUGAUUGCCCCCACUGGCAUGUAAAAAAACUAUAUUUAUUGUUUAUGAAUUAUCAUAGAGUGUUUUAAUUUAGUAAAAAAUGAAAGAAAAGUUAUGAAGAGAA